GUCGGGGCCGGAGGGCGGGUGGUGCCGGGCCCGGAGACCCCCUUCGCGCCACAGCCUGCGCCGGCGCGGUCCCCGGCCGCUGCGCCCCCGUGCCGUCUCCCGAACCGACCUCCCGCCCUGGGCACCGGCGGGGCUGGCCACCGGCCGGCCGGACGUGCAGGGACAGGUCGUCCGGGCCGCGGGCAGAGGUGCAGCGCGGGCGUCCCGCCGCCCCAGAGUCCGGGGCCUCAGGGCCAGGCUGUGCCCCGGGGCGCGGGCGCGGGCGCGGUGCUGUGGGCGGACCGGCCCGCACUGGCGUCCUCGGCUGUGGCCGGCGAGUCCCGCUGCCAGGAGGCCCGCGCGCACGCGUGUGUCUUGGGGCCGGCCGGCGGGACCGCCCUCGCUCCCGGGGUGAGCAGGUACGAGGGAGGUCCGGUGCGGCGAGGUCCGGAGCUCUCGACCCAGGAAGGAUGCUCGACACGGCUUCGGUGCACCACGGCUUCUUCAGACGCGGCGACAGGACCCGUGGGCAGGCGGGGCUGCUGCCCGGUGACCCGAGGAGGGGCGGACGCUGUCCUCGGAGCUGCGGAGCUGAGGACGAAGCGGACGCUCGGAGGGGCCGAGGAAGGCGGGCGGUCAGGGUGUCGGCGGCGCUCGUCCCCCCCCGCAGGCGCCCCCUGGGAGCUUCCUGCGCUCGCGCGGGCGCGGCGGGGGCUCUAGGGUUAGAACAAGUGCCGCUGGGGGGCAGCUCCUUCCUCCCGGCCUCCCCGCCUGUGACCGAGGGCAGGCAGUGUCAGGGCUUCCCAACCGAGUUGCGGGUCUGUGGAAGUUGGGCUGUUGGUAGGAAAGCCUCUUCCUCCUAAAUCACUAGGACAUGGGUGACCCGACGGAGACUCCGGUCUUGGGGGACCGGGAUCGCUACAGGCUAACGCUUCGCUCUUCCGUUAGGGCAGGCAGGAGGCCUGCGGACUCACAUCGAACCCAUGGGGGGCGGUGGCGGGGUGUCCGCUUCGGCUGUGUCCUCGCCUAGCCUUUUGCUCUCUGGUGAGGGACCCUGGCAGAGGCCUCGGUCCCUUCCCGCAGGAAAUGGGCGUCGCUCCGGAAUGCACAGGAGCCCGUGGAGACCCUGGGUCCCCGGGGUGCCUCUCAGCAGGUCUGGAAUGUUCCCGAGUCCGCUGGAGGGAGGGCUUCAGGGGUGCUCUGAUGUGUGCCCUGAUUUCCCCACAGCGGGGAGGGUCCGGAGGCCGCCGUCGGGGCCCGGAAGGGAGCGGGAGCUGCGGGAGUCAGCCACGCGCCUCCUGAGACGCCAUCUGGACCUGAAGGACCUGCUGGUGGAGGUAGAAGGUCCUGCAUGUAAAACUCUGUGUCUCGAUCAGUCGAUGGGUCCCGAGGCCUCGGCCGGUCUUUCUAGUUCAUUCAUAGGCUCUGCUUUACAGGAUCAAGCCUCGAAACUGGGUGUCCCAGUGGCUGUGCUGUCUAUCCGGACAAUGGUGUCCAGCAUCGUGCAGAUCUGUGCAUCUAGUGGCGAGCCCUCCCACAAGGUGCUGCUGAACACAGAGCAAAGGAAGAAACUGUCUUCCUUGUUGGAGGUGGCUCAGUAUUUAUUAGCUCAUGGAAUGUUCUCCCGUCUCUCCUUCUGUCAAGAGCUUUGUGAAAUCCAGAAUUCUUUGUUGCUUGAAGCUGUAUGGCGUCUUCAUGUACAGAACAUUGUGAGCCUCCCGGAGCUGUGGGAAAGUCAUGCCGACACCCAGUCCACGGUUGCGUGGCUCUUCAGGGACCUGUGCCUUCUGUGCGAGCAGAUGGAAGCGUCCACUCAGGACACUGACAUUGCCCGGACUAUGCUUUCUGAUUUUGUGCAGUUGUUUGUUUUGAGAGGAUUUCAGAAAAACUCGGAUCUCAGAGGUGUGGAGCCUACACACGUGGCCCGGGUUGCGGUGACCGUGCUGCAGAGGAUGCUGGUCUUCGCUCUUGAGGCAUUGGCCACCGGGCUGCAGGACGAUUCCCCAGCGUACAGGACAGUGAAGAACUGGUUCGGCGUGUUCUGUGGACACAUGUGUGGCGGAACGAUUUCAGCAGAUGUGCCAAAGAAAUUUUUCAGUCAUACUCUGACUCAGGUGCUGACUCACCAGCCUGUGCUGAGAGUUUCUGAUGCUGUUCGGAUGCAGAGAGAGUGGAGCUUCGCAAAGACCCACCCCCUGCUCACCAGUCUGUACCGCAGGCUCUUCGCCAUACUGUGCCCGGAGGAGCUGAUUGGCCACUUGCAGGAGGUUCUGGAAACACACGAGGUGAACUGGCGGCACGUGCUCUCCUGUGUGUCUACACUGGUGAUCUGCCUGCCCGAAGCGCAGCGACUGAUUAAAGACUGGGUGGCCCGACUGCUGGCCCGAGCGUUUGAGAGCUGCGACCUGGACAGCAUGGUCACCGCGUUCCUGGUGGCACGUCAGGCUGCGCUGGAGGGCCCCUCCGUGUUCCCGCCCUACCCAGACUGGUUCCAGGCCUCCUUUGGGAACACAAGGGGCUUCCACAGCAGCAGCAAGAAGACACUGGUCUUUCUCUUCAAGUUCCUGUCAGACCUCGUGCCCUAUGAGGCGCCCCGGUACCUGCAGGCACACAUUCUCCACCCGCCACUGGUGCCAAGCAAGUACCGCUCCCUCCUCACGGACUAUAUCGCGCUGGCCAAGACGCGUCUGGCGGACCUGAAGGUUUCAAUGGAAAACAUGGGCCUCUACGAGGAUCUGUCUUCAGCCAGGGACAUCAUAGAGCCCGAUAGCCAAGCACAGCAGGAUGUGGAGAAGGCCAUCACGGUGUUCGAACACACAGGGAAGAUUCCUGUCGCCGUCAUGGAGGCCAGCAUCUUCAGGAGACCCUACUACGUGUCGCACUUUCUCCCUGCCCUGCUCACUCCUCGUGUGCUUCCAAGAACCCCUGAUUCCAGAGCGGCCUUGAUAGAGUCCCUGAGGAGGGCAGAUAAAAUCCCCGCGUCUCUGUACUCUACCUAUUGCCAAGACUGCUUCACUGCCGGAGAGAAGAACCCAGAAAGUGCAGCCCCAGGGAGGACAGCGGACGCCGGCUGCGUGGAGGAGCCUCUGGGGCUGCUUGCGGCUGCGCUCAGAGAGUUCCGAGCUGCCGUGGCAGACCCUACACAGGGUGAUGUUCUUUCUGCUCACCUGGCACUGGUCUGCGAGCGGCUCAGCUCUGUCCUGGGCCCGGGCGAGGAGGACAGCAGCCUGGGGCUCUCACGGGUCCAGCUCAGCCUCCGGGCUCCACACCUGGAGCCGCGGGAACAGGAGGUCGCGGAUCUCCUGUUGACAUCUUUCUGUCAGAACCUGAUGGCGGCCUCCAGCUUCGCACCAGCAGACAGGCAGGGUCCCUGGGCUGCACGCUUCGUGACAACUGUGUGUGGACACAGGCUCCUCCCGGUGAUGCUCACUCGGCUCUGCCAGCUGCUCCGGCAUCAGGGCCCAAGCCUGAGCGCCUCCCACGUGCUGGGCUUGGCUGCCCUGGUCGUGCACCUGAGCGAGUCCAGGCCUGCGCUCCCAGACGUGCACGUGGUCCUUCCUGCCCCCGCCGAGAGCCUCCCUGUCCCAGAGUUCUUCGGUAGCCUCCUGCCGUUUGGAACUGCGGAGACCUCACUCUUCUGCCUGAAAUUUUGUACAGCGGCAAUUUCUUACUCUUUGUGUAAGUCUCCUUCUGUGUCGCAAGAUACUUUGUUCAGCUGCUUAUCUCCAGCCCUCCUGAAAAAGUUCCAGUUCAUUCUCUUCAGGCUGUUCUCAGAAGCCCGAGAACCCCCGUCUCAGGAGGACGCAGUCGACCUUCCCUGGAGGCUCCUGUGCCUGCCGUCCGCGGACUGGCAACGAGCCGCCCUCUGUCUGUGGAAACAGGGAGCCUUCCAGGAACUGUUGAAGGAGAAAGAAGUUCAUUUGACUUACAGGGACUGGUUACAGCUGGAGCUAGAAAUUCAACCCGAGCUUGACUUUCUUUCGGCUACGGAAAGGUGGGACUUCCAGCAGUGGGCGAUCCGCGAGCACUUCCUGCCCGCGCCGGCUGCUGCGGGGGGCUGCGAUGGGGAGCUGCAGACCGCGUGCGCGGUUCUUGUCGAUGUGCUGAUAGACUUCUGCCACAGUUUGAGAACUUACAAUUGCUCAGAGAAUUCUGAUUUGGUUCUCGGUAGCGGCACAGGAAAUCGAGAUAUUUUUUCCAGAUUGCAGGAGAUGGCUGCUGACCUGGAACAGGCCCCAGCAGCGUCCCAGAGCAGCUGUCCUUCGCAGGGGCACUUCCUUUUCAGAGUGUUCCGCACCCGGCUCCAGGCUCUGGCAGGCGGCUGGGAUGUGGCCGCCCGCCUUCAGAGACAGCGGGAGCUACUUGUGUACAAAUGGAUCCUCCUCGGUCUGCCCCCAUCGGUUCUCGUCGGCAGCCCCCAGGCCAAACAGCCAGCCGCCCCUGACUGCACGGAGUUCUUCUGGUUGGCCAACUCUGAGCUGAGAAACUUCUGCUCUCACGGAACUGCCCUGACCCACGACAUCACCGUCCACUUCUUCAGGGGGCUCUUCAAUGCCUGUUCACAAAGCAGAAGCCCCGCCCUGACCGCAGACCUGAUCCUGAGCGCAUGCCAGACUGAGUGCCCCAUAGUCCUGACCUCUGCUCUGUUGUGGUGGCCACGCCUGGAGCCUGACCUUCGCAGCCGGUGGAGGAGCUGCUUCCAGGGCCCGCUGCCCCAGGAGCUGCAGAGACUGGGGGAGGCCCGGCAGUUCGGCAGGAGCUGCCUCUCCGCCGACUCGGCACGCCCCCCACCGGGCCCGGCCUGGCUCUCCGCUGCGGCGCUACACUUUGCAAUCCAGCAAGCCGGCAAGGGCAGCCUCAGGAGCCAGCUCGAGAAGCUGGACCGCCAGAGAGAGGAGCUGCUGCUCGCCCUGUUCUUCUUCUCCUUAAUGGGCCUGCUUUCGUCACACCUGACCCCACACUCAAGACAUCAGGCUGCUGACUCCCUGGAGGCUUUGGACAUCUGCGUGGAGAUCCUGGGGUGUCUGGAGAAGAGGAAGGUAUCCUGGCUGGUGCUGUUUCAGCUGACAGGGGCAGACGGUGGCCUGGGGCCGGUCCUCCUCCGCCUGGCCCCAGAGCCAUACAUCAGGCUGCUGCCGCUUGCCUUCUACAGCCUUCUCUCCUAUUUCGAUGACGCCCUCCUGAGGGAAGAGGCCUUCCUGCACGUCGCUGUCGACAUGUACCUAAAGCUCAUCUGUCUCUUCGUGGCUGGAGAGACAAGUGCAGUCUCGGCUCUAGCCACCAGGAGCCAGGACCUCCAGGGCCAGGGUGACCCCGUAGGCUUGAUAACAAAAGCUCGUCAUUUUCUGCUGCAAUCAAUACCUAGGUGCCCCCAAAGGAGCUUCUCGAACGUGGCAGAGCUGCUGGCCGCUCGUGGAGACUGUGACCCGGAAGUGAGCGCCGCCCUCCUGAGCAGACAGCAGGCGGUGCCCGAUGCGGACCUCUACCAGGAGCCCCAGCUCUUCUGACUGGGCCCUGCGCAGUGCACAGCCCAGCUCCUUUGUAAAUAAUUUAUUACAAGCAUAACAUGGAGCUUUUGCACUAAAAAGUGGAUUACAAA